CAUAUAGUGCAGUAACAAGGAAGUACGUAGGCUAGCCGUUAUGGUCGUGUAUUUAGGCAUUAUGUAAGUCUAAAUCUAAAUCGAAAAAUAUGGCGAGCAAACAGGGACCUACAGUUAAACCUAAACCUCCUAAAAAGCUUCCUGGUUGGGAUGACGUAGAAGAUACAGUCUAUGAAAACCCAGAACCACUUGCUAGACAUGAGAACAUGGGUCCAAGCUAUGGGAUUCCGAAGAAGAUUACAAAAAAGCGAUAACAUUUAUGACCCGGUUGCGCUUGAUGAGGACCCACGAGACCAACAUGUCCACCCGAUUAGACCAAUUGCCAGAGUCCAGGGCUAUAAGGUUAAACCAGAAGUCCACAACGUUGGUUGGCAAUCUGGAAGUCAUUCAGCAGGAACUCUGAAAGAAAGUAAGAGUUUUCUCGAAAAGGUGGAGUGGUUGUAUGACUCUGUUAAAGAAACACGAGAAAUGUACGAAUUAGAUGAAGUAUUAAGGGCGGUAUUGUUCGAAGGCGAACUGAGGAUGUUUCGUCAUAUGGAUGUGAUUGAAGAAACUUUAUACAGCUUUAAAGGCCAUUUAGAAGCUGUACUCCACGACGUUGUCGAGAUAUUUAAGUUGAUUAAAGAAUGGCUGGAGAUGAAUUAUUUCGACUGUUUUGAGAGCUACUUCCUAAACGUGGAUAUACAACAGAAUUUGGUCUCAUUCGUUCAGUAAGUACAAUAAACGUCAGUGGCGGACUCAAGGAUAAGGACGAGUAGUUCCUGGCCCCUUAAAUGUUUCAAAAAAUAUUUGUAAAAAAUUAGAGAAAUAAAAAUGAAAAAUAUUUUCAAAUUUAUGUCUGAGAGUGCCAUUUCCGGCCAUUUGUAGAUAAUCAUACAUGUCCUUGCCUUAGACCAACCAUGGCAG